CCAGAAAUGCACCGGGCUGGAUGAAGCCAGCUCGAGAUCUUUUCUAAAUAAAUGGAAUAAAACAGCUUAACCUACUGAAAUAUAGAUCUGAAAAGUGAAGGUUAAGGGGAACAAUGCCCCUUAUUAAGCAAGGUAGCUAAAGUAAGGGGGUCAUGUCCUCCAUUGUGACACGUCCCCCUGCUGAGUGACUUGGCUGAGCACUUUGGGAAGAGCAACCAUUUGAGGAUAGCUAGUGAGGAAGAGCAGAGCAAGAUGCUGAGAGAGAGAAUUCAAAGACUCUCUUCGUCAAAAGUGUAAGUAGGAUUUCUCCUUUCUGAAACGUAGGGGAGGUUUAGCUGCCAGGUGCCCCAAAUCCAGCACAGAGAUCUCUAGAACCCAUUUCCUCAUUGUUUCCUCUUCUUCCCUAGGUUCCGAAGUCUGAGGAGGCUCCGCGGGCUGCUGGUCUCCUGCUGCCGGUUGCCCAAGAUACAUCCCCUGGUCUGCCAGAAGGAGGAAGGAGAUGAGUGGAAGGAGGAGGUCAACAUCAUGAAGGACGGAAAGGAGGAGAAGGUGAAGAUAAGAUCAAUUUUUGUGAGACCAUGCGACCAGGGGAUGGAGUCCACCGAUAACAACGUGGAUGGUGAGUGCUGAUCUUUCUUCCUCAGGAACAGGGAGACCAGAGAAAAUCUGGCAGUGGGGUGGAGGGUGCAGAAAGAUGGGUUAUCAGCAUAAGAAUCAAUUAAAAUAUUAAGAAUCCUUUCUCUUCUUUUCUCUUCCAGGCAACGGCAGCAGUGAGACCAGCAGCUCGAGCGGAGCUCUUACCCCCCCUCCCACGCCCAGUUCCCCCCUCCCCACAAUUCCAAGUAAAUAAAGAAAGAAAUUUGAAAACUCAGUACAUAACAGGAUUUAAAUAAAGUUUGGAAUACAAAUA